AUGGACGUGCCAGUCUCUCUCCGCUGGUCAGACGCGUUCGCGAUCCUCCCUCAGUCCGAUCCGAUCUGCAGCAAGCUCCCGGGAGACAAAAUCAUUCUGCCUCCGUCUGCUCUUCAACAGCUGCUCUCAGCUGCGUCUUCUCAGGCAGCAACGUCUGGCAGCAACAGUUACUUCGGCUCCAGCCACUUUACCACUCCAGUAUACGGGCAGGAAACUCAACAACUCCCUAAUCCUUUGAUAUUCCGACUCGUGAACCCGAAAAAUCACAAUGUGGUGUAUGCUGGUAUCAGAGAAUUUUCUGCUCCCGAGGGGACUAUGGGCUUGAGCUCCUUGUUACUCGAGGCUCUUGCCAUUGGGCUUGAUGAUUACGUAUCGUCGAGCUCAGACAAUGCAGAGGUUGAAGAUACUGAGGAUCCCAUAACUCAAAAUGCCGUCGCCAAAGGCAGUCGGAUUACAGUACAUGCUGAGCAGCUUCAGAAAGGAACGUAUGUGCGGCUGCGACCUCUCGAAGCUGGAUAUAAUCCGGAUGAUUGGAAGCCAUUGCUAGAACGCCAGCUACGGCAAAACUUUACAACAUUGACAAAGAACACAGUCAUACCUGUUCAAGGCGCACAAGGAGAAUCCUUCAAGCUGCUUGUGGACAAGUUUGCGCCCGAUGGUGACGGUGUCUGUGUAAUUGAUACAGAUUUGGAGGUUGAUAUUGAGGCCCUGAAUGAAGAGCAGGCCAGAGAGACAAUGCGCCAAAUCAUGGCACAGGGGCAAUCGGUCUCCUCUGAGAGUUCCAAGGGCGGCGAGUUGGACAUUUGGAAGGACGUCGAAGGCCGGGUGGUACCUGGUGAAUAUGUCGAUUACACGCUUCCGUCCUGGGACCGAUCACAGAACUUGGUCGUCACUCUAAGUGGCAUAUCUGAUGCGGACAGCUUGGAUCUUUUUGUCACCCCCAAAUCGCGUGAACAAAGAGCUCUACCUCGAGAGGCUGUCCAUGUCUUUGGAAAUUUCCAACCUGCUCAGUACGGCGCUAAAUCUAUAACGAUAAUGCCGACAAAUAUCGAGCUCGAAGACGCGGAGAGUCUACUCAUAUCUGUCCACGGCUAUCAAGAUCCCGAUUCGGAUGCAAAAUCAUCAACGCCAGUUGCCUACACUAUCCGGGCAAAGGUUGCUCCUCUGGACGGACCAACAAGCGAGGCACCGAUGGAACUUGACAAAGAGGAGCAUUCUGCGGAAGAAGAGCAAUGUACGAAUUGUUUGCAAUGGGUCCCGAAGCGAACUAUGGUUUUGCACCAGAAUUUCUGUUUGAGGAACAAUAUUCUCUGUCCCAUCUGCAAGUCGGUAUUCAAAAAGGGCUCGCCCGAGUACGAGGCCCAUUGGCACUGCGAUCACGAUGAGGCUCACGGAGAUUCGCCUCUAAGCAAAUCCAAGCACGAUAGAGUGUAUCACACAGAUUACAACUGCCCGUCUUGUGAGUUUUCGACCAACUCGCUCGCAGAUCUAGCGCGCCACCGCACAACCGUCUGCCCAGGAAAGAUUAUCCUCUGCCGUUUCUGCCAUCUUGAAGUGCCUCAAGAAGGAGACCCCUUUAACCCGUCACCCGAAGUUGUGCUUUCAGGAAUGUCAGCCCAUGAAUUGGCAGACGGGGCUCGUACUACAGAGUGCCAUCUAUGUGAUAAAAUCAUUCGCCUGCGAGACAUGGAAACCCACCUGAAGCACCAUGAGCUUGACAAGGCGGUCCGAUCGAAGCCCAUUGUCUGUCGAAAUGUCAACUGCGGGCGAACACUGUACGGCGUUGGGCAAAGGGGACAGAUCGGCACCCCGAGCUCGCCCGUCAGGGGCCCGGCAAACGAUAUUGGCCUCUGCUCAAUUUGCUUUGGACCUCUGUAUGUCAGCAUGCAUGAUCCGGAAGGAAAGUCUUUACGACGAAGAAUAGAGAGGCGAUAUCUCAGCCAGCUGAUUACGGGAUGUGGAAAACCGCAUUGCACCAACGAAUGGUGCAAAACUGGGCGAGUGAAUUCUGGCCUUGAGCCCAAGCGGUCAUCUGCCGCUGCAGUACUCCCCAUCGUGAAGCCGCUUCUGCCUGGGGCCCUCAACCCGUCGGAACCAGCAUAUCUCUGUGUUGACGAAACGAGCCAGACCAGCCGCAAGCUAGCAGACCUUUUGGCCGCUGAAAAGGCUUAUGAUCUGGAAUGGUGCGUUGCCGCUGCGGAAGGCGAAAGAGCAGACAUUGAUAGGAUGAGAGAUUGGCUGCAAUCGUGGGCCCCGAGAAGAUGA